AUGGCACUGGACAUGGAUAUCCACGAAUUGUUGGUCAUAGGUGAUUUGGAUUUAUUGAUCCAUCAAGUACAUGGCGAGUGGGCCGCGAAGAAUGCCAAGAUCUUACCAUCUGUGAACCUCGCACAGAGAUUAUGCAAGAAAUUCAAAAAGAUCAAAUUCAAGCAUACACCGAGAGCUCAAAAUGAGUUUGACGAUGCUUUGGCCAUUAUAGCAUCAAUGAUCCAACAUCCUGAAAGCAGUCACAUUGACCUGUUGGAAAUAAGUCUGAGAGAAGAGCACGCCUAUUGUUCCCAUGUGGAAGCAGAACCCGACGGCAAGCCAUGCUACACUGACAUCAAGAUGUAUCUGGAAAAAGAAGAGUAUCUCCAAAAUACCACAAGCAACCAAGGGAAGACUAUCCGGAGAAUGGCCAACAGAUUCUUCCUGAACAAGGAAAUUCUCUACAAGCUGACGCCAGACCUAGGGUUGGUCCGAUGUGUGGAUGCUACUGAGGCCACGAAAAUUUUAGAAGAGGUACAUGCUGGAAUCUGUGGGCCUCACAUGAGCGGUUUCAUUCUAGGUAAGAAAAUCCUUCGAGCAAGUUACUACUGGAUGACAAUGGAGGGCGAUUGCUGCAAAUUUGUGCAAAGAUGCCAUCAGUACCAAAUCUACGGAGAUCUAAUUAGAGUCCCACUGAAAGAACUCAAUGUUAUAAGCUCAUCCUGGCCAUUCGUCACCUGCGGCAUGGAUGUCAUUAGACCCAUCGAGCCUGCCGCCUCGAAUGGACAUCGAUUCAUCUUAGCCGCCAUAGAUUACUUCACCCAAUGGGUGGAAGCUACAUCGCACAAAUCAGUGACAAAGAAGGUGGUAGCUGAUUUUGUGCGAAACAACAUCAUAUGCCGCUUCGGCAUACCAGAGUCCAUCAUAACAAACAAUGGAGCGAAUCUGAAUAGUCACCUGAUAAAGGAUAUCUGUGAACAAUUCCAAAUAACCCUUCGGAAUUCAACUUCCUAUCGGCCACAAAUGAAUAGAGCUGUAUAA